CAAACACAUUGGGAAGUCUUCGUGAAUGAUUUUUCAUUAAAAUUUGAAAUAUUUCUCAUUUAACUUGUAAAUUAUGAUCUUUCGUCUGAGCGAAACCACAUGAUCGCAGUAUGGCGAAAAUUGAUAUUGACGUAAAUCGUGUAUCUUUUCCUUCUACGAGGUUUACAUUGGACGAAUGGCAUCUCAAUAAUCAGUUCAGAUAUCGAUGUUCCGAGGCACAACAAGAAUUAUCGGAUCGGCUCUUAGCCGAGGCGACGCUUGCAUGUGAUUCUGCCAAGGAAAUCGUAAAAGCUAAUAAGGAGGAGACAGAUCAUCGACUGUUAGAAAAACUCAAUGACAUUGAAUUUCGCAAAGGAGAAUUGCUGCUUAUAAGAAAGGACACUGCUCUGGAAAUCGAUGCGUUGUCCGUAUACAAAGAACGAAUUACAGAUGUACUGAAGUCCGUAAAAAGAAACGCUCUUGCAAUUUGCGGAAAAUGUCUCAUUGCUAGAGAAUGCAGAUUGAGCAUUGACUUGGUUUACGAUGAUGUUGAAAUGAAUCUAUUGAAAGAGCGUGAGGUAAUACAAGGAGCAGAAAAUCUGUUGGAUCGAAUAUUAAAAAAAACUUGCGAACAAAUCCGUAAAUUGAAAGCCACAUUAUAUCGUAUCGAUCAUGAUCUCGAAAAUAAGGAAAACAAUUUACAUAUCGAUCGUCGCAACGUAACUUUAAAAGAAACUGAUUUCAAUCUGAGUAUUUACCACGGUACUUCGCCUCUUGACAAGUCGGUAGUAAUGUUAAAUGAAUGGGAACUGCAAACGAACAACAAUGUUAUUGAUGCAAAUAAGGAAAUGAAUAGCUCAAAGCAAUUGCGCUGUUACAUCGAUACGAUAAUUAAGCAAACGAUUGAUGAAUUAAAUAACCAGAAGAAUGUUACAAAUGAAGCUUUCCGACAACGUAUUGAACAGACUCGAGAAGCCAAAACGAAACUGGAACUCCAGCACUCGGAGAUAAUAAAACAAGUUACCGUGAUGUCAAGCAAUAUCACACACUUAAAGAAGUCGAUAGCUGAAAAAGAAGGAUUUAUGGCUUUGGCUCAUACAAGACUAGGACGUCGAUGUCAACGUCCAGGAAUUGAACAUAUUCAGGAUUUAGUUCAGGUCAAUCUCGUAAAGGAGAUACACGAGUUACGAAAUGUCGUGGCAAAUCUACAGCGAAUGCUUUACGAGGAUAUCGAGCGCGGCGAGACCCGGUUCGUAGGAGUAUCCUCGGUGUCGGCGUCGACGUCGGCGUCGGUCUCGGCGUUGGCAUCGGCGCCGACACCGCUACAUGAGACCAGCGCCAAUAGAUGUGAUGUCUCGAGGGCAACGUCCGGAGUGGGGCACAUAGCGAACGCACCAUCAGGUACGCGUCAGGACGCCCAGACAACACGUGCCAGCGCGAGCGCGGCAUUGAGAUCAGAGCGGGAUCUUAACGCGAGUACAAGUCGUUGGAAGACGGUCGGCCGGUUUCUGCGACGUCUCACUCUCAUUAUGUUGCUACUGGUAGCCGCGGUUGGAGCUUUAGCCGUAAUAGUCAUCUACAUGGGUUCGGUUUAUCUCGUGCAAUUGCUCAUAGUGAUCUCCGUUGCCUACUUUGUCGCCGGUGGCCGCAUGAGAUGGUUCUAUGUUGCCUUAAGGACAAUACCAAGAGAUUGCAAAGGAUUAAUAGGAUAUGUUAGAAUGUUGUGGUCAGUACAUGGCCAUGGAAAGAAAAACAGAAACGUUGCCGAUAUAUUUAGACAACAUGUCAAUCGUCAUCCUAAUAAAAUCUGCUUUAUAUUUGAAGAUCAAGAAUGGACUUUUCAACAGAUAGAAGAUUUUAGUAACAAAAUUGCAACGAUAUUUAAAACACAUGGUUAUAAAAAAGGAGACACAGUUGCUUUACUGUUGGAGAAUCGACCGGAAUUUAUUGCGAUUUGGUUAGGUUUGAAUAAACUUGGUGUGAUAACUGCUCUCAUUAAUACCAAUUUGCGUAAGAGCAGUCUUUUGCAUUGUAUCAAUAUUGCAAAGUGUCAAGCACUUAUAUAUGGCACCGAGUUUUUUGACGCUGUGACAGACAUUGCCUCAUCAUUAGAUGCUAAAUUAACGUUAUACAGAUUCGGAAAUCACCCGAAUGCAAUGUCAAUCGGAUUAAAAGAGAAAGAUUUGAAUACCUUGUUGUUGGACACACCCGCUGCACCACCGGGAGUACAAGAAAAAAGUGGUUAUCACGACAAACUCUUGUACAUUUACACUAGUGGUACUACAGGUCUUCCCAAGGCGGCUGUUAUUACAAACUCAAGAUAUAUCUUUAUCACGAGUUCAGUGCAUUAUAUGGGAAUUUUGCGUGAUUCUGAUAGAAUAUAUACACCUUUGCCUUUAUAUCAUACAGCGGGUGGAAUAAUGGCUGUGGGGCUAGCCUUAGUAUACGGACAUACGACAGUGAUUAGGAAGAAGUUUAGUGCUAGCGCAUAUUUUGCUGACUGUACUAAAUACAAAUGCACUGUUGGUCAAUACAUAGGGGAAAUGUGUCGUUAUAUUUUGGCAGUUCCAUCUAAAAAAGAGGACCAGGAACAUAAUAUUAGAAUAAUUUUCGGCAACGGAUUAAGACCGCAGAUAUGGGGCGAAUUUGUAAAACGAUUCAAAAUUUCACAAGUGCUCGAAUUUUACGGUGCAACUGAAGGCAAUGCUAAUGUCAUGAACAUUGACAACAAAAUGGGAGCAAUAGGUUUUUUUUCAAGAAUUAUACCAUCUGUAUAUCCUGUGUCUCUGAUUAAAGUAGAUGAGGAUGGAGAACCUAUACGUAACUCUAAAGGAUUGUGUCAAGUCUGUGAACCAAAUGAACCUGGUGCGUUUAUUGGAAAGAUCUCACCAAAUAAUCCAACCAGGGCAUUUUUAGGAUACGUGGAUAAAAAAGCAUCUGAGAAAAAAGUAAUUCAUAAUGUUUUCAUAAAAGGUGAUUCUGCCUUUUUAUCAGGGGACAUUCUUGUUGCCGAUGAAUGGGGCUAUUUGUAUUUCAAGGACAGAACGGGAGACACAUUUAGAUGGAAAGGAGAAAAUGUAUCGACUUCCGAAAUUGAAGGAAUAAUUAGUAAUUUUAUCAGUUAUCGAGACUGCAUAGUAUAUGGUGUGGAGGUAAAAGGUACUGAAGGCAGAGCAGUUUUUUCCGCCGACAUUAAAGAACAAUUACCUGCUUACGCUAGGCCGCAAUUUGUCAGAAUUCUGACGAAAAUUGAUCUCACAGGAACAUUCAAACUAAAGAAGAAAGAUCUCCAGGAGGAAGGAUAUAAUCCGCACAAAGUUCAAGACAAACUAUAUUAUUUAAAUGCAAAGCUCGGUUAUCAGUUACUAACAUCAGAAGUUUUUGAUCAAAUUCAACAAGGAAAAAUCAAGUUUUAAUUGAUAUUUUCUAAACAAAUACAAACUACAUAUGACAAUGAUAUAUUUUACAAAGCACUAUGUAUACAUAGACAAUUAUUACGAAUGAAUCUCAGAGACCUGAUUAACUUAAAAAGCAAAGCGACUAUGAUAUCCCAGCAAUCAAGCGGAAUUAUAUUGCAUCAGUGCAUUUUCAGUGGGUUAUUAUUUACAAAUAGUCGUACUUGUUCAAGCUUUUUUCCGUUUAUUGAAUUUACAAACACGGUAUGGUGACAAUAUAUUCAUAGAAAUUGAAGGGAUCUGUUAAAUAAUAUGACAAGAGGUGGAUGUUAUAAGAAGUUAGAAUUUAGUUAGA